CGCUAGCUGUGAUGUCACGACGCUGCUGUGGCUGUGCAGCGAGGCGACUCUUGCUUCCUUUACAGUAAUUUUCUUGUAAUUAUUUUAUUCGAGCUUUUGAAUCUCAGUGCGAAUGACAGUCAGUGAGGGACAGAGGCGCGUUUCAUGUAGUGUAAGCCGUCGAAGGAUCGACUCCAUGGAGGUCGUGGACAGCCCGCUCAACCUUGCUCACCAGCAGUGCAGACAGGCCGACCGUUUGGUAGCUGCUGGGAAGUAUGAAGAGGCCAUCUCCUGCCAUGGAAAAGCAGCAGAUUUUCUGACUGAGGCAAUGAAGGCACCCGUGUGUGAGCAGGCUCGUUUGUCCAUGGAGCUGCAGAGGGACAGUCACAUUAAACAGCAACGGUUAAUCCAAGAGCGCUGGAAGAGAGAAGCUCGGCGAGAGGCGGUUAAGACACGACUUGGUCUAGUGCAGGCUACCGGGCCAGGGUUCUUUUCAAAAUCUCCGUCCACGGGCAGCAGCCGGCCCUAUGCCUCUCCAGGCGCCUCAGCUGCAGAGCUUGGAAGCGUCGGGCAGAGGGAGUAUGACACCUUACUAUACCAGCUUCAGACUCGGCAGACUGGAGGAACACAGAUUUUAACUCCAGUGUGUUCGGGAUCUAAGACCACCAAAGAUGACAAAACGCGCCUGGAAGAACAACAGACGACCAUCGAGAACUUGCGACUCCUGGUUGACGGCCUGACGAACGAAAACCAGCAGCUGAGAGCCGAGAACGAGCGGCUACGACUGGAAAACAUGAGGCUGCACUCGGAGGCAGCCGACUUUGUGGAGCGCUCCGAGCUCUGGGUGCUCCCACAAGCAGGUGGUCCUAUGGGAACCGGAGUUGGACAGGGAGGGGAGAGUAAAAGGAAGGGAAAGGAGAUCGCAAUCCCUCAGCUGCCACCGUUGGAAAUGCCAGCUCAGGAAGACCUGUGUCUGGAUGACCUGCCUCCUCUGGAGCUGCCAGAGGACAUCCAGAAUGAACUGCAGGAGCUACUAGACAGGGAUAAGCUGUAAUAGAACACAUCUCACACACACACAUACACACACACAUACAUGUGGUUCAACCAGUACGACUUUGAGUUCAGAUGCCAAAACGUUAUACAGUGAAAGCUACCGGCUCGACCCACGAGGCCUCUGCUCAGGUGGAAUCAGACGACAAACGGGAACAUCAGAGAGGGAGGAAGUGAUAACGCUACUAUCACUGGUGCAAGGCAGUCCGAGCCACAGAUAAAGGAAACGUUCACUAAUCUGUGAGAAGAGCAGCGAGGCUGUGUGUCAGCAUGACUUACACUGAGAGCAGGACAGGAAUACGGGCAAGGUUUUCCCAAAACUUUCACUUAUGUCUCAGACUUCUACUGUGUUAUCACAUGACCCAGAUCUCAUACAGCAUUCAACGACAGCUUAGUUCUGUCAGCAGCAGAUCAGCUGAUGUUUCCCACAGAUUUAGACUUUAUUUAAGGUGUUGUGGAAGCGGGGGUGUGUGCAAGUGUGUGCAUUAUUAUGAAAGGACACACACACACACACACAGCUUUCCUACAAGAGUUAUGACAUAAUUCUGUGUAUGUGUGCUUUGUGGCUCCAAACUCAGCUGCUCUCAGAAUAACUGGUCCUGCGGAUGAACUCCGUCCUGGACGUUUUGUUCCAGGUGUUCGGCACCGCAGGCCUGAGCUGGAUUUUAAGUCACAUGAGAGGUAAAGACUGAGUGUCGAUUGUCUGGAUGAACUGCUCCUAAAAUUCUUUUGUAUCCACACGGAUGCAUUCAGAUCAUGUGUAACUUCAUUAUAAGAAAGCAUACUGGUGUUAGGGAAAAGCUUGUAAUAGACUCAUUGAUGUUUUUCUGAGCAGAUACUUGAAGGCUAAAAAACAAACAAGCCUUCUGAUGUUCUUCUUAUUCCCCACCAGAAAUGUAGAGACACACGGGUUAUCAAUGGGUGUCAGUGGGGAUCAAUAGGAAUGAAGGCUGACGCAUGCAGUGUCAUCAGCGAGCAGAUAUGUUGAUCUAUUCUGAAGAGUUGAUACAUUAAGGUUUCCAACAAACACCAUGUGAAUAAUGACAGUGUUCUUCAAAGGUCAAAGGGCAGAGUCCAUCAGAUGCUUCACAUAGUUCUUCUAAAACAAGUGUAGUUGUGGUUUGUUGUGUCUCAGGAUCUUCAUGUCUGUACUGUUUGAUGUUGACGUCAUUCAUCGUGUCUUGUUGACUCUGCUAACAAACUGUAGUCUGCAUUUUAUUUCCUGUUUUGAAACCAAGUAAUUAUUCAUUAAUGGAAAUGUUUAGUCCUGAGCGUUUGCAGUACCAUAUCAUCUGGUGGUCACGCAUACAUUAAACUACAGUGUGCUCUAAUGGUAACAUCAGCUGUGUUUACUGUAGACCACAUGUGAAUACAGUCAAAUACUUGACUUCUUGGACGGGUGCAUCUCAGCAGGCCUGGUUUCCAACACACAAAGAGCAUGAAGGCAGCAGAGCACUCAGCUCAAACUCAUCUUGACUGGGGUGAGCAGACGGUGACGGGCUGACUCUGUGUCAAGCCCCAAAGUUAAGCCUCACCAGUAUCCAAAUAGCAGAGGCACCCUCCUUAUAGCUGUGGCAGGGUAAGACUAUUGUUUGAGGCCAGUGAACAUGCUUUCUAAUGUGGGUAGCUGGGCAUUGUAACGUGGGAGUCUAAGGGGAAAGAGUCACUCUUGGCGCGAGCUUCAAGUGGCCGGUGGAGGAACUACAAUUUAUGUCAGUUACACGUUUUUAGUCCCAAAUGUGGCAGUUUGUACAUUACCUGCAAAGCCAAAAGAAGCACCUUCGGUAAUCUGAAGCUCUCUUAAAUGUUUGGCUCACAGUCAUCCCAGGAUGUGACUUUGUGAAUUUCUUUUUGUUUGGACGCCUCAAAUAACUGAAGAUAUUUUGAUCCACAUCAUAAAAUCUGAACACUGAUAACAGAAGGAGCAGAAUGCAGCAUAAACUGCAGGCAGGGCACGUUUAUAUUAUCAUAGGCCGUCAGUGAACAUCCAGCGAGGCUAGUCCAGCUUAAUCACAAAGCCAUCCCUUUAAAAGAUUCUUAUUGAUGGAUCGUUCACGUCCCGACACUCACCGGCUCCUGAAAUGAAGCUGUGGUGCAGCUUUAACCGAGCUGAGCAAGCGUUUAGUCCAGCAUGUCUACGAGCAAAGCUGAUCGUUUAUGUCGGCACAACAGAAUAAAGAGGACUCGAGGCAACUUGUUUACUGUGUUGCUUGCAGUCUAAUGCAUGCAGCACGUGCAUGCAUACUAUCACAUAUUUCGAGGCACUUGUACAAACUCGUGUAUUCACUUAAGAGAGUGCAUUUCCUUCCUGGAUCCACUAUGAUGAAGAUGAAGACGUGGCUACACACAGGACACUUUGCUGCAUGUCCCAGCUAUGCAAAACUCAUUCAUUGUAAGCCACGUGUUUGGCUUAGCUGGCCUUUAAAUCGAUGGUGAUGUGAACAGUUGUACAAAAUGAUGUUCUGUUUUUGAAUAAAGCUAACUGACUGUCA